GGUUGGGAGUCCAAAAUAUUAUGUUGACGUGUUUUGCGCAACAAAAGCGAAAGUUGAUCUCGAGUAGUGGGCGGGGCCAGCGGUUGAUUGAUGAUAAGAUUUAUGGCGUGGAUCGCAGCGGGUGAGAGAGGAUGACUCACUCCGUCUGUUGAGAUGUUUCACCCCGCGACAGCUCGGCAGUGCGGCGGAGCAGCUCGACAUGUCGCUUUUUGCUUCGUACAACAACAAGACAAACUUUGAUAAAUAGUUGUCUGGACCUCAAAUACACAGUUUACUUAGGCGUCUGAGAGUCUACAAGUUAGGGAGAGAGAGGCCGUCGUGAUUUACCGUCAUUUCCCCGUCCCACUGGUUUCCAUGGAAACAUUGCUGCGCUGCGUUUUGGCAUUUUAAUCUCUAAACCUGUUGGAUACCUGAAGUCUCUUUUUGUCUUUAAUUUGACCAAAACGCGAGCAAAAUAAGCCGGCAAACAUGGCAGAGCCUCAAACGGAGAAAAGAUUCCACAACUUGACCUUGCAGCAACUCCAGGCUCUGGACCAAAUCCUGACCGAGGUCAUUCCCAUCCAAGGACGCGGGAAUUUCCCCACAUUGCAGGUGAGAGCCAAAGACUUAAUCCGCGUGGUAAAGGAUCGACUCGUGGAACGAAAGAUCCUCGUUAAAGAUAUCCGCCUGAAUGGAGCAACUGCCAGCCAUGUUCUGGUGAAGGACAAUGGCCUGGGCGUCAGAGAUUUAGACAUCAUUUUCAGAGUGGAGUUACCGAGGCAGGAGGACUUCCAGGUAAUUAAAGAGGUGGUCCUGGGCAGCCUGAGAGACCUUCUUCCAAGCGGAGUGAACAGACGUAAGAUCACCUGCCUCACUAUGAAGGAAGCGUACGUGCAAAAGAUGGUGAAAGUUUUCACCGAGCAGGAUAGAUGGAGCCUCAUCGCUCUGUCCAACAACCGAGCCAGAACCGUCGGGCUGAGAUUUGUUAGUGCGCUUCGCAGACAGUUCGAGUUCAGCGUAGACUCCUUCCAGAUCAUUCUAGACCGUGUGCUGCAGUCCUACUGGGAGACUGACAGGAGGCAAAGUUGCAAUUUGUCUUUGGAUGCUCAGAACUUGGGAAAAAGAGAAGAGAGUGAGGAACAAGCAGAGUCUAAGAUGGCUUCCUGCGGAGAGAUUCCACAUGGGCAUGAAGAUGUUACGGAAAAGGAGCCUCCUCAUGCAGAGAAGGUUGAGUUAGCGUCCGACGACGUCAACUCCAAUCAGGAAGAGGAGGAUGUUGUUUGUGAGCCUUUUUGCAAAGAUGAUCCUGUAGUUUCACCUCCUUCACCCUCAAAUGCCGAGAAGGUUCAAGAGGAGACCUCUCAACCGAUCAUGGCGCAGGAUUGUCUCCAGGUCCCCACCCAGCAAGAGUCCAGUCUUGAGUUCUCUUCUCCUCCCCCAGCAAAGAAAACCUGCAGCACGUCACAGGAUGUCGUCCCAGACUACUGUCCUUCGCCCAAACUUCAGCGGAAAAUGUCCCGCAAGAUGAUUUGCACCCCUGAGAGAUGGUCUUUACUGACCGACGUCUCUGAUAUGACCACUCAGAUGUUCACGCCCAUCCAGAUACCACCUCAGCCGAAGCCUCCUGUACAUAAAGAGGCUGCCUCACAGGAGAGUUUCGCAGACCCUGAGACAAAUCAAGCCGUUGAACCGACCGUGAAACACAAGGAACCUCCAGAUGGCAACCUUGUAAAUGUAGGAUGCACACAGCAGGAGCAGGAAGAAGCCCCCCCAUUGAGCUCAUGGGGGUCCAGCAUGGCGGUGGAGGCAGAGUGCAUGUACGGAGACUUUGGCCAGGCAAUCGAGCACCUGCGCCACCGCCUGAUCGCCACGCACAAUCCCGAGGAGAUUCGAGGAGGAGGCCUGCUGAAGUACAGCGACCUCCUGGUGAGGAACUUCCGCCCGGCAAGCGAGACCGAGAUCAAGUCCUUAGAGAGGUACAUGUGCUCCCGCUUCUUCAUCGACUUCUCUGACGUGGGCGAGCAGCAGCGCAAGAUCGAGGCCUACCUGCAGUAUCACUUCACGGGCAGCGAGGAGAGCAUUAGGUACGACUACCUGAUGACGCUGCGGCGCGUCAUCGACGAGAGCACCGUGUGCCUGAUGGGCCACGAGAGGAGGCAGACACUCAACAUGAUCACCGUCCUGGCUCUGAGGGUGCUGGGGGAGCAGAACGCCAUCCCCAACGCUGCCAACGUCACGUGCUUCUACCAGCCCGCGCCUUACGUGAGUGAGCCCAUUUACGGCAGCUACUUUGUCACGCCGCCGCUGCCGCCGCUCGUCUACCACCCCUACCCGGUGCACGUGCACAUGCAGAGCGGCGUGGUGUAGCCGCGGCCACGUGCCCCCAGGGAGGCGGGAAGGCAGCUUUUUUUUCAAUGCGGGCCUUCACUGGCACUGCUUUUGACAAGAAGAGGGACCGUCGGGCACGGUGUCCUUUCAGGCUUUGACAUCGCCAGGACUGAGCGAAGUCUUUUGGACAUGAAACGUCAACAAGGACGACAAGUGCACAGGAGAAGUUUGCAUGGACUUACGAACACGGGAAAGUGUUAUCAUCGUAGGGUGAUGAAUAAUCAUGAAAUAUCAACACGCUUAUGUGCAUCACAACUUGUCAGCAUGUUGUAUCACACAGUGUGGAUAUUUAACUCAUUUGCUCUGUAAGUGUAACUGUAAGCAGUGUGUGUGUGUGUGUGUGUGUGUAUAGGGCUGCAAAAUUCCAGGAAAAUUUAACGUUUCCAUGGGAAUGUGUAGGAAAUCAACUGGAAAUGAGACAAACUGCAGGUGUCUCAAUUUAUUGCAGUCAUGUCGCCGCCAAUGGAGAUUUUUUUUUCCACACCCCCCACCUUCCCUUAAUUGAAAUACUGUUAAGAACCUGCUAAUAUGCAUACGGUAUAUGUAAACCACAUUUUAAUGUGUUUUUUGUUAGUGUUAUCCAAAAGUGAUCAGUAUAAAACACUGGUGGCGUAUCCAUCCGACAUGUUGUGUUUGGGGCCAAGAUGGCUGUUAAUGGAUCACGCUUUGCUUUAAUUGAUAAGUCAUAGAAAUGUAAUAAUAUGAAAAUUACAUACCAAGGCUAUUGUGACCAAAAUUGUCACGGUAUUGUUGGAUAUUCCCAAAAAGUAGAAAUUAUUGAAACCAAGUUUUAUUUAAAAAAAAUCUACAUACAUAUACACAUACAGUCGUGGUCAAAGGUUAUGAAUUUGUUUCUUCAGCAUUGUCCACACGUUUAAGUCAGGACUUUGGGAAGGCCAUUCUAAAAUCUUAAUUCUAGCCUGAUUUAGCCAUUCCUUGACCACUUUUGACGUGUGUUUGGGGUCAUUGUCCUGUUGGAACACCCAACUGCGCCCAAGACCCAACCUCCGGGCUGAUGAUUUCAGGUUGUCCUGAAUAAUUUGGAGGUAAUCCUCCUUUUUCAUUGUCCCAUUUACUCUCUGUAAAGCACCAGUUCCAUUGGCAGCAAACCAGGCCCAGAGCAUAAUACUACCAUGCUGAAGAAACAAGUUCAUGUCAGAAAACCAACACAUUUAGCUGAACUUCACCAAUUUUGGCAAAGGAGUGGUCAAAAAUUAAACCAGAAGCUUGCCAGAAGCUUGUGGAUGGCUACCAAAAGCACCUUAUUGCAGUGAAACUUGCCAAGGGACAUGUAAACCAAAUAUUAACAUUGCUAUAUGUAUACUUUUGACCCAGAAGAUUUGGUCACAUUUUCAGUAGACCCAUAAUAAAUUAAUAAAAGAACCAAACUUCAUGAAUGUUUUUUGUGACCAACAAGUAUGUGCUCCAAUCACUCUAUCGCAAAAAAAUAAGAGUUGUAGAAAUUAUUGGAAACUCAAGACAGCCAUGACAUUAUGUUCUUUACAAGUGUAUGUAAACUUCUGAACACGAUUGUAUAUACAUAUACAUAUACAUAUACAUAAAUACAUAUUUUUUCAUCUGUUUAUCUUAUUUCGUCAUAACUUAUAAAGGUUUUAAAUGAUCGAGGAAAACGUGUGUUGUCGUGUCACUUCCGAUUUAUGUGACGUAAUGCAAAUUAGCUUCUGGUUGUAGUCACCGUCCAUCCAUCCAUCCAUUUUCUACCGCUUAUUCCCUUUGGGGUGGCGGGGGGCGCUGGAGCCUAUCUCAGCUACAAUCGGGCGGAAGGCGGGGUACACCCUGGACAAGUCGCCACCUCAUCGCAGGGCCAACACAGAGAGACAGACAACAUUCACACUCACAUUCACACACUAGGGCCAAUUUAGUGUUGCCAAUCAACUUAUCCCCAGGUGCAUGUCUUUGGAGGUGGGAGGAAGCCGGAGUACCCGGAGGGAACCCACGCAGUCACGGGGAGGACAUGCAAACUCCACACAGAAAGAUCCCGAGCCCGGGAUUGAACCCAAGACUACUCAGGACCUUCGUAUUGUGAGGCAGAUGCACAAACCCCUCUUCCACCGUGCUGCCCUGUAGUCACCGUGUAUUUGUGAAAUAUUCCUUAAUGUACACAGCGAUCACUUUACUAAGGGAGCAUGGGGGUUCAAUGAAAAAAAUCGAAUAACUUAGUUGAUCGGACAGAAAUACAUUUAUACAAGUUUGGAUUGGGGAAUGUCGUUUGUAAUGAGGAAAGAUGAUGAUGUCUCUUUUAUUCAUGUUAGCAUUUAAGCUAGCUAGCACUAAUUCUCUUCUACAAUAAAUGAGCAAGUCCGUGAGUUUUAAGAUACAUUUUCUUUAAACUAAUACUAACCGUCGAGCAUUUUACUGUGGUUCAUCAUUAUACCGUUUUAUCGUUACAGUCACCUUAUUAAGUCAUUUGGGUGGACAGAACAUUUACAUAAACGAAUGAUUCUCAUUUAUAAUGUGUCUUGCCUCCUUUGCCAAGGACAGCCAUUUUCCACGCCCCUCUGAAUCGAUAGUAUAUAACAAUAAUAAUAACCUGCUAUUUUUUAUAUGUGCAAACCAUUGUAUGGGUUGCAAAUAACCAGCUCAUAAAUGAAUAAAAUGAGCCAAGUUACGUUUAUUCAUUCAAAGGACCCAUAGCGUAAAGGACCCUAGAUUUUCCUGAAAUGAGUCUGGCAGUUAUAUCCCAUAAUAUCAAUUAGUUGUUAAGUAAUCGGUAGAUACUCGAAAAAUAUGUUGGUACUCAGUUGUAAUACACUUUUCCACCACUUGUGGCAGUAAUGACAAUCUCAAACAAACAGAAGAAGUCUGGAGAUAAAGUCAUAGAUAAGUUUCGUAGGUGCAAAAAUGAUGACUGAAGUUAAGACUUACACUUUGAUAGUUAUUUUAAGAAACAUAUUGUUUAUUAUUAAUGUUCUUGAAAUGUGUUUUAGCACUGUGUAAUUGUAUGUAGAUUUAUUUCUCGUCAGUUUUUAUGAGUACCUCCUUUUGCAGGAUAUUUGAUCAUUAUUUAUUUUGUAAUCAGUCUGACCUAAGGCUUGAUAAAUAAUCUUUGUGAUUAUCACAUGGUUUCAUAUCAUUUAACAAGGUUUAUCAUGUUUAACUAUAAGAAGGUUAGAUAUUUUAUUGAAUACCCUUCAAAUCAAGAGUAAGAUUAAUUAAUAAUUACCAAUUGAGUGUUCAUAUUUGGGUGAGAUCCGGGCCCCACUGUAGUGGAAAAGUUAAAAGAUAAAGAACCCCUGCUCUAUAGAACUGGGGCCCAUUUUCCUGCGUAAACUGAUUAACUGGUGAACAUUAUGAGCAAAAAAAAAUAAUUGCCAAUUCCAUAGACAACAUAGCAUAGCCUGUGUUUUCUAAUGUUUAUUUCAGCAUUCUCUUAAGCAUCUUGAGGAAAACAUCAGUAGAAGAGGAUGCACAAUGGUAUACUUGCUGCUUACUUUAUUUUUUAUCUCGUUUUUGAGGGCUGGCUCUGCACUUUUCCCGUUCCACAGAUUAUGACUCUCUGUCUACCCUCGAGGCUGCUCCUGAUUUUCAGAAUCAUAUUUGGCUUAAGUCUUUUACAUUUUUUCCAUCAAAACACCAACCAAAGCCCAUCUUCUCUGAAGUCCGAAAAAUUAAAAUCAUUCUGCUUGUUUUUUUUAUUGGCAGUAUAUAAAAAUAACAUAAAUUAUUCAAUAAUACAACACUUUUAUGUCAAUCAUAACUCAAAGCUAUAAUGUGGAAGUUUUUUUCCAGAUAGCUUAGCAUACUUUGACUUACAUUGGAUUAGUUUUAGCAUCUUUAGUGCACAAAAUGUAUGAAAGUGGCCUCCCUCAUCUUUCAAUAUUUAAAUGUUUAUUUUUAUACUGUAUUUCUAAUGACAAUACUUUAAUGGGACGGUAUAGCUCGGUUGGUAGAGCGGCUGUGCCAGCAACUUGAGGGUUGCAGGUUCGAUCCCCACUUCCGCCGGAAAAUGUGGCCUUGUAACUCUUUCAAAAUAAAUUUCAAUAUUUUUUUCCCAAUUCCAAAUCAGAUAAUACACAUUUUAAACUACUAAAAAUCAAUUGGUUACACUUCUUUAUGGUACUGCUCAAUACACACAAAAUACAAACUGGAAUCUUCAGAUGCUUUUUACGAGUCCUUUUUGUUCUUUACUGCAGCAUUCCACCUAAAUAUACCCAGUUGGAACAUCUAAAAAGUAUUUUAGUUGACUAAUCACAUUUUUACUCAUGUAAUGAACACAAUGGCUGCAUUCAUUAGUAUUGGACUAUUGAUGAUAUGAUAUCCCUAAUAAUAUUAUUAAUAAUAAAAGCAAUGUAUAGCAUUAGACGUGUUUUGUUUUGCUGCAUAACUAAUAUGGGCGCUCAUCAAUACUAAAUAUAGAAUGAAAAAGGUAGAGCUGUCUAAUAGGAGGUGAAUUUGCAGCAAUGUGGUUAUUGUUUGUAGCAGUGAACAUAGUGAGUACCACUAAAUGUUCAAUUAUUCAAAUGUUUGUGUGUGUACAGUAUAGAUGUGCAUUGAUUAAAGUACACACUCACUGGCCACAACGUUAGCUACGCCUACAAAAUCUAAUGCAUGUUAGAUAACGAUAAGUGUGACUAAAAUCGGAUUAUCAAAUCAUUAAAUUGUGCCGACGCUCCUAAUGUUGUGGCUGCUGAGCAAAAACAACAACAAAAUCAAGCACAGGUAAAACACACUUUUGUCUGAGAUUGAAGCACAAAUUCCUUGCACUUACAGUAGAUGUCCGUUGUUGACUUAUGCUUGUGAUGCUCAGAUGUGAUAUUGAAGUACGUAAGUCAUAAUGUGUACAAUAUUACAUGUAAUAUGUGGGUUUUCCAAAUAAUUGAUAUUAAUGACAAGUAGUGUCACUGUAACAAUGCAUUGUAUUGAUGUUGGCUAUGCUGUGCAAUCCCUUCAGUAAAAAUACUU